GUUCAAUCUCGUGUGAUCAUUUACCAUCUUCUCGUCGUCUGUGGACGCGACUGCUGACACGAGGACGCAAGACGCGAGGUCAUUUGUCCCUGUGAGGGACCCAGAGAGGGUUUCACGACCGUAGUCCAGACCGUACGAGCAUUUCACGAUCAUGUCACGACCCAACAUUUCCUACCCGACACCUCUGCCUGGAUCUUCGUCCUACAGCAGCGUCAACGCAGAUACAAGCCUGGCCUCAUCAUCGACCAGUGAGAGACGAGGCAACAAUAUGACUACCCCGAAUCCUGGACCAUCGCAAGGCGCUCGAAGCGUCAGCUCGUCCAGCCGAACACCUGGCGGUACUCUUGACUCCAAUAUCACGCGUCUAUUGGUCACUACAAAACACAUGCUCCAAGGCCUGGAGUCUUGGUCACAAGGAUCCUUGGAUGAGGAAGGAGUCAGUGAUAUCUAUGUCAGAUUGGGGAAUCAAUUUGAGCUAUGUCUCUCAGCUUUCCAAGAUGCAGGCAUAUCCACGCUCGAGCUCGACUCCAUACCCACCGACCUCCGUCAUUGCCUCGAGGCGUGCCUGAACGAGGAGCCAUGUUCGGAGACGCUCAAUCUUCAUCUCCCUCAGGUCAGGAACAUCAUCUACGGUCUCUUGAAUGGCUUGAAGCAGAAGCAAGCCGUUUAUAAGCGCUUGGCAAGUGAGAGAGGUGGAGGUGACAGUGUCCCUUCAGUCCGACGACAGGUCCUCGCUCAACAGGCACCACCUCUACCUCCACCUUCAAGCACGUCUGCCCAGCAGUUAGCCAGACCAAUACCGAGGGCUGAAUCGGCAGAAGCUCGACUUUCAGCCCGGUCUAACACCUCUGCAUCGUUGUCGCAAGGAUCAGCCAGUCCAGCAUCCAUUACAUCGCCUCUACCAGCUGGCAAGACUCUAGCUGAUCGACCUAGACCUGUACCUCAGACGAGACCUGCACCUCCGGAUGCUUUUCGUCCGCCACGAAUGCGUGCGCCAGAGGGAGGUCAGCCCCCUACGCGUAGUAUCUCCCCGAACCCGUCUCCAGUCAAGACGACUCAUUCCUCGAUCCCAAACAACACUAUGGCCGAUGGGCUUAUUCGCCAUCAACUAAGUGACAAUCCUGUCCCCGUCUCUACGCCGCCCCCGGAUACUCUCAAGAGUCUUCCCCCGCGUUCUGGACCUACACCGCCGCCAAAGGCUACUCCGCCUCCGCGUCCUGAGCGAUUCUCUCGGGAUAGCAUGGGAAACCCUCGGGCGAUAUCCCGAUUCUCUGCCGAUUCAGAUAUCACGAAUGCUUCUCCUAUCCGAUCUCCAGCGAGGCAAAGUCCAAAGAAGAGGAUGAGCUCUUUGAGUGAAGCUGGAGAAGCAGCGCCAGCCCCGCCGCCGCCACCACCACCGCCAUCAUCAGCCCUACCUACUCAGCCGUCUCUGCCUCCAUCACUACCCACACUUAACUUCCCUUCCUCGGCCCUUCAUCUGUCCGAUGCGCCAUCUCUGGAGCCCGCCCCUCAGCUUGCAGAUGUGCCACCAGAGUCUCGAGCGACACUUGCAGCACUGUCCCGGUCAGAUGCCCUGGAAAGAAGGGCAUCCAAACGCUUUUCCUCUUACACUUUCAACAAGCUACCUGGAUCUCCCACCCAAAAAAAAUCUUCGAUGCUUGGCAGUCCCCAGCAGCGUCCACCAAGAAGAAUGGAUAAGCCUCCUCCCAUGCCGUCACUUUCUGAGUCUGCAGCUUCCAGAACGCUCCAAUCGGCGUACAGCGAGGGCGGAAAGACUCCUUCAUCCAACAGUGUUGACAAGCUUGAUCCCUCGAGCGCUUCUUCACAUCACUCAAUCAGUCCAAUGUCUGGCUCCUUAGACCUGUCUCCAUCAGAUCAGGAGGGAUCUAUCAGAUCUUUCAGGACCCCGGACCCGAGCUUUGAUCCAAGCCCUCAGCUCACUCCUCGCGUUUUUGAGCCAACAGCCACACCAAAGCCCUCGCCUGACAGCUUGACCGUCUUCCUUCAAGUUGGCAGGCAAGUCAAGAAGGUUGUCCUCGAUCUGCCGGUAUCACUGUCCGCCCUUCGAUUGCUAUUCAUGGAGAAAUUUGAAUACGAUCCAGGAAUGGAGGAUUUUCCAGAUGUGUACCUGAGAGAUAGCCAGACAGGAGUGCAAUAUGAGCUGGAGGAUAUCGAUGAUCUGAAAGAAGGAUGCCUUUUGAGUCUGAACAUCGAACCGCUGGAUCAAGUCAAGCAGCAUUUCGACGUCACUUUUGCCAACCUGAUGCAGGAAAUCAAGGAGAUGAAAAAGUCUGUGGAUCAGCAACGCAGAAUGUCUGCUGUGCCGAAUCCGGCCCUCCUAGCCCUUUCGCCGUCUGCUCACACGCCCCGAGCCAUGCCUUUCGCAGCUGCGCGUUCUCCAGAGCCGCGUCGACCAGUCUCUCCUGUUCCCGCCAUUAAUGGACCGGAACGUACUGCCGAGCUCCAGGCUCACCAAGAUGAAAUUUCGAGCCUACGUCAAGAUCUCGCUGUCCUUCGACAGAUUCAUGUGGACUUCAUCACCGAGUCCAAGGAAGCUCUGUCCAAGCUGCGCAAAGAGAACUCGAGUAUGCGCGAUCUGGUCAAGACAAAGAUGGGCGGCAGCAGAGCUCUCUUGGACAAUUCGAAGACGAAGUUAGAAUCACUGUGCGCAGAUACCAUCCAAGCGGUGGAGGAGAUUUCGGACACGAUCGAUUCGGCAAGAGAGGAUGCGUUCCGUCGCUUCGUCACGCCAUCCUCGCAACGCAUGGCUACUAUUCGCGCAGACCUUCAGAAGGCUCACGAAUUGGUCGACUCGUUUGCCAAGGAGGUAUCUACCGUCGAGCCGACAUGGCGAGCUACGUGGCAUCAAGAACUUUCCCGAGUCAUGGAUGAGCAACGCCUUCUGCCGCAUCAAAGCAAGCUCACUGUGGACCUCAAGAAUGACAUUCAGGAUGCAGAGAAUAUGCUCCAGAAUUUACAAGACUUUGUGAAUCAACGGGCAGCUUCAGCUGGUCGCAACCCAUCUCGCGGGUUCCGACCACCAACCCCAGAUCCUGAUGGCGGGAUACCCAACCUGUUGAUGGAGAUUAGAACGAAAGAGUCGGAUCCAAACCAAAGGCUUAAAGCCAUUGAGGCUCAACAGAAGGCUAGGGAGAAGGAGAGAGCAAACAAAACGGACGAGUUUGAACAAGAGCUUACUGGAUUCGUCAAGGGUAGGAAGCUCCGCAAAACGGGUGGGACAGAGGAGACAGAAAGAAAGACACAGAGGAGACAGGAUCAGAUGUUGAAGCGGAUGUUGACGGGAGAGACGCCGCCAAAUGGCAGUGGAACCGGAGGUCAGAAUAGUCCGACGGGAGGACUGCUCAGUCCGCAAAUUGCGGGGAAAUCCGUAAAUCCGCUCUCGCCUCAACUGACCGGUCAGUCCAUCCGUGAGGAGCAUAAAGGCGAAUGAUCGUGCAGGAUCAGAAAGCGUUGGGUUGGGCUAGGUAGUCAAUCAAUGAGAGAAAGAAAGCGCUGGUGGCAACCCUCGGUCUUCUGUGCAGAAGCGUUCGGGCUCGCCACAGCUCUUUUUCACCCAUCGCCUUGGGCAUGCAACGGAUGACGUUGAGAGUCCGUGGUCAAAAUCGUUCAAACCACGAGGUAGAGUUAGGUGACAUUGCAUGAUGGAUG